UCCCUCUCUCUCUCCCUCUCUCUCUCCCUCCAUCCCUCCCUCUCUCUCUCCCUCCAUCCCUCCCUCUCUCUACUCCACUCUCUCUCUCCCCUCCCCCCCCCCCCUCUGAGAUGCACCUGUAUGAGCAGUGUUCUCUGGGCCAGUUGCCCCCGUUGCCCCCCAAGUCUUACCCCGUGGGAGGGGCUGUUGCCCCGGCUGACUCUCUGGUGCCCCCUGUCCCCCGCCGACCCCCCCGCACCCCCCCUGCGCCCCCCCAGGACCCCGCCCGGCAACAGCGGCGCUCCAGUCCACGACCCCACGGAACCGCACGCUGGACCAGGCAUUCCGCCACGGAACCGACAGCCCACCACGACUCCAAAGCGCAGGGUUCCCCCACCGCCUGCCAACAGCAGAUCUCUCUCCACAGACAGCUCUGAUGACUAUGAGGAGCCUGACCUCACAAACAGCCAGGAGCCCCUAGAUAUGGCUGACAAGGACGGCUUCCUGUCGGUUCCGCAGCAGAAGAUUCGCUACAGCUGUCUGUACAGUGAUGAUGAACUUCUGGAUGAUGAUGACUGUCCAUCAACACCAAACCGUCGUAAGUCGUGGCAGGACUACGGGCUGAGCACUCUCAAUAGCGGGAGUGUCUACCUUCCUCCGUCUGGUCGCCGGGCAACCACCCCCCCCGCAGAUGACCCCUCCUCCAGCCUCUCCACCGUCAUCAAGAUGGGCUGGCUGGACAAGAACCCGCCCCAGGGGGCACGGAUCUUCCAGAAGCGCUGGGUGAAGCUCGACUCUGAGUACCUACGUUACUAUGACAAUGACAAGGAGGUGUACUCUAAGAGGAUCGUCCCUACCUGUUGUAUCACUGAGGUGAUGUGUGUGGGAGACCUGAAGUUUGAGGUGGUCACCCAUAGCCGCACGUUUCUCUUCAGAGCUGACAAUGACACUGAGAGGACAGAGUGGGUGCGAGUGCUGCAGGAUGUGAUGUCGCCGCAGCAGGGUCAUGACUCGACCUUUAACCCCAUCGUGACCCCAGACAUGCAGGGCUACCUGGAGCUGCGAGGACUCCGCUCCAAACUCUACACCGUAGUCCACGCAGACAAGGUCUUCCUCUACAAGAACCACGAGGAUUAUAAGCUGGGUAUAGGCAUCACCAGUAUCGAUAUGAACGUGGGAAACAUUAAGGAGACGGACCGCAGAGCAUUCGACCUCACCACACCCUACAGGAUCUUCAGCUUCUGCGCGGACUCUGAGCAGCUGAAGGAGCGCUGGGUGUGUGUGAUGAGGGAGAGCAUUGCCGCGGCGCUCUCACACUCCGAGGUGGCCGAGAGGAUCUGGGCGGAGCCUUCCAACGCCCAGUGUUCCGAUUGCUCCGCCCCUCGCCCAGAGUGGGCCUCCAUCAACCUCUGCGUGUGUGUGUGCAAGCGCUGUGCAGGGGAGCACAGGAGUCUUGGGCCAAGCAUAUCUAAGGUGCGCAGUCUGAAGAUGGACCGGAAGGUGUGGACAGAGGAACUCAUACAGGUGUUUCUGCUGCUAGGCAACGAGCGGGCCAAUCAGUUCUGGGCGGCCAACGUGCCCCCGAGCGAGGCACUGAGCGCGUGCAGCAGCAGCGAGGAGCGACGACGCUUCAUCAGCGCCAAGUACCGGCAGGGCAAGUACCGCCGCUACCACCCGCUCUACGGGAACCAGCAGGAACUGGACAACGCACUGAGUGUGAAUGUCCAGUCGGAUGAUUUGUUGGAGACGCUGUCACUCAUCUUCUGCGGGGCGGAUGUGAACUGUUGCCGUGGCGACGCCGACUGUCCCUCCCCUCUGCUCCUGGCUCAGACCUGCGGCCAAACCCUGCAGCUGGAGCUGCUCACACACAACCGCAACACAGAGAUCCCGCGGCUGGAGGUGGGCGUUCCCAUGGACGCGGUGCACUACAUGGCUCCUCCCUCCAUCACACACAACGGCUUCCUGUUCAAGACCGCCUCCAUGGCUCGCCCAGUCACAGAGCGCAAGGCCAAAGAGGAGUUCAGUAGGCGUUGGUGUGUGUUGAAUGACGGCGUGUUCAGCUACUAUGAGAGUGAUAAGAAUGCCACGCCCAACGGUGGCCUCAAGAUGAAGGAGAUCGUCUGUCUGGCCGUCAACCCCCCCGACAAACACGGGUAUGAGCACACCUUUGAGCUGUACUCUGACGCUGAGCGCCUCUACCUGUUUGGUCAAGAUAACGUUGAUGUUGUCCGAGAGUGGGUCAAGUCCAUCGCCAAGUCGUUCAUCCCUGCGUGUGCCGAGUCGUUCCUGCAGCGGGACUUUGAGCGUGUGGGGCGCCUGCGCUACAAGGACAGCCUGCACCUGCAGAACCCGCGUUCCGGCUGGUUCUGUCUGGAGGGUUCCGCGCUGCACGUGUGCCUGGAGAACCGGCCCGCCGAAACCAUCCACCUGCACAAGCUCAAGGAGCUCUCAAUUCAGCAGGACAAUGAAGUUCUAGUGCUGGUAGAAAGAGGCAGGUCUCUGUAUGUGGAGGGCGAGCGCAAGCUGGAUUUCUCCGGCUGGUCUCAGGCCAUCCAGAGGGCAGCGGGCAGCUGUGGAGACUCACUGGGCCAGCAGCAGCUCACCGAGGCAGAUAUACCCGUGAUCGUGGAGCGCUGCAUCACCUACAUUACACAGUGUGGCCUGACCUCCGAGGGCAUCUACCGUAAGAGCGGCGUGAACAGUCGCGUGGCGGCGCUGCUGGAGUCUCUUCGUGUGGACGCGCGGAGUGUGUGGCUCAAGGACGGAGAGCAGCAGCUGGACGACGUGGCCAACGUGCUCAAGCGCUUCUUCAGAGAGCUGACCGAUGGCCUGUUCACCGCCGCCGCCGCACAGCACUGGCUCAACACCACAGCGCUGAGUGAUGACGUCAGUAAGAUCUCUAAGUAUCAGCAACUCUUCAGCAGCCUCCCCAGAGUUAACAAAGCCACACUACAGGCGCUCGUCAAUCACUUAUACUGUGUCCAGUGUUUUGCAGACGAGAACCAGAUGAAUCUCCAUAACCUGGCCAUUGUGUUUGGCCCCACCCUCUUCCAGACCGACGGCAAAGACUACAACGCUGGCCGAGUCAUAGAGGACCUCAUCCAGCAUUACAUCUCCAUCUUUAGCGUGGAUGAACUACAACUAAAGAAACAGCUGGAUGAAAUCUCCUUAAUCAUCAAAGUUCGUGAUAAUCUGAAACCUGCGCCACCUGGAGGCCAUUUCAUUUGCACUGUCUAUCUGGAGGAAAAGAAAGAAUCGGCUGAACAACUUGUGAAGAUCCCUGCUACUAUGAGUGCAUCUGAGUUAGUGUGUGAGAUUCUGGAUCGAAGGAAGAUCUCCGUCAGAGACAAGGACUACUGGUGCUGCUUCCAGAUCAACGAGAAGGAGGAGACUGAGCGUCCCCUGCACUUCCAGGAGCGGGUUCUCCCCAUCGUCCACUCUUUGGGCACAGAGAGCCACCUGCUGGUCAAGAAGCAUUAUAGCAUGGAGGCCAUGCUGGUGUAUCUGGCCAGUAAAGUGGACGUGGCCAAGCAUGGUAUGAUGCGGUUCCGGGAGGAGAGGAGUCUUCUUGGUCUGACCACGGGCAGCUUCAACGAGAGAUACUUCAUACUGACGCCCUCUUCACUCCGUCUGUACAAGGAAGUCCGGAGUAAUCGUGCCGAGAGGGAGUGGCCAGUGAAGUGUUUGAAGGUAUAUCUGGGCAUCAAGAAAAAGCUCCGUCCACCUACAUGUUGGGGUCUGACUGUGAUGUACGAAAGUGACAAACCUGACAAACAGGAGAGACAACAAUGGUAUCUGUGCUGUGAUACUCAGACUGAGCUGAGAGAGUGGUUCGCCACCUUCCUGAGCAUACAGCACGAGGGCAGUGUGUGGCCGGCUGAGGGCUGUAAGAUGCGGUCGAGUCGUUCCGUGGUGUCCGAGGCUCGCCUGGGUAACGUUUCUCUCAUCCCUCUCCGUGGCAACGAGAGUGACAUUCGGAACAGUGUGGCCGCCUUCACCGCCGACGCCCUCGCCCUUUUCAAAAACACAUGACAGGCCCCUCCGCAGAGUGACAGCAUGCUGAUCCCAGCACACAUGAAAACAUCCAUACACACACACACACACACACACACACACACACACACACACACACACACACACACACACACACUGUGCUAUGGAGAAGUCAGAAACAUCUCUGUUGUGGGAGGACAAAAGCGGAAGGAAAACAUGGAAAGAAUGAACGAUAGAAGACUGGAUGGAGGGAUGGAAGAACGAUAGAAGACUGGACAGAGGGAUGGAGGAACGAUGGAAGACUGGACAGAUUCCUUUCUUCUGGAGCUCUUCAUCUCCAUGUUACUGUGAUUGUACCUGCUCUACACACACACACACUCACACACACACUGACCUUGUCUUUGUCUAGUAUACUCCAUACUGUCUUCAUGCCUGCACACACACACACACACACACACACACCUUUUGUGUGUUGCAAUUAAUGACAGAUAGAGGUGUGUAUGCACAUUGUGUGUGUGUGUGUGUUUGUGUCUACACGUGUAUUUUAUUCAGUUAACAUGGGUUGCUUUUGAUGCAGAUUAUAUGUUUAAUUAUUCAAUUUUGGAUAAAUACCUAGCAUUUAGAAUGGCUAGUAUCUUUCAUGUCUUAUCUUUUACAUGAACAUACAUUCACACUCAAACACACACACACGCACAUACACUCACACACACACAUUUUAGUAACCUUAUGUCUUUUAUGUUGAUAUGUUUUGUUAUGAUAGAAGUUUAUUUAUUUUCUCUUUGUGAGUGAGUGUGUGUGUGUGUGUGUGUGUGUGUGUGUGUUUACACACAGUAGUGAAUGUGUGUAGUGUGCUCUUGUAUGAGGUUCUGUUGGAGCAUGCGUGUGUAUGUACGUACCUAUAUACAGUGUGUGUGUGUGUGUGUGUGUGUGUGUGUGAGUGAGUGUGUGUGUGUUUACGUAUAUUUACACACAGUAGUGAAUGUGUGUAGUGUGCUCUUGUAUGAGGUUCUGUUGGAGCCUGCGUGUUUGAGGGUCACAGACAAAGAGCGAGUGUGUGUGUGUGUGUGUGUGUAUGUAUAGAAAUGCAAUCAAUGUAAGUAUAGAACAUACAUCUGUACAUCAGCUCUCUUUCUCACACUUAUAUAGACGCCCGCGCGCGCACGCGCACACACACACACACACACGCACACACACACACACACACACCAUCCACACUACAGUGUAAACAUUCAUACGAAGCAAUCAGAAGAGUGUGUGACUUCCUCGUGUCAGAUGUGUGUAGAUGCCAAUAAAGAUUUGUAUUUAAACAGC